AUGCGAUCAGCCAUUAUUUCCCGGGGUAGCGCCCCCAGCUUCCUCUCCCGCCCUCAUUCUCGUUACUCGACUCUCCCGAGGUUGCCCGCUUCAGGUCGUUGUUUCGCAAUCGAUUCCCGCUCGAAUCUAGACUCUCCUUUGAUCCGAUCUGCGAAUGCCAGUUCCUCACCAAUAUUAUACAAUGCAUCCUCAUCUUCUUCGUCCGCUUCGUUCUCUACUUCAUCUUCGUUGUCCGACACCGACUGGGACUAUAAUCCGAACCUCCAAAUCUCCAAUUUCUCCGAGCUUCCAUCGAAGGACUUUGGGGUCAACCAACACAUGAUCAUCAAUCAGGAAUUCAAAGAAGCCCUGCGACAGAUUCUGUGGCAAUUCAAGGCACCCAUCCGGUAUGCGUUCGCCUACGGAUCUGGGGUCUUUGCGCAGAAUGGCAGUGCAGAUUCCUCCACGCCAACCCAUCCAUCGGCGCCGGCCGCCAUCAAAAAGAUGCAGCAGGGGCCGGGGAAGAUGAUCGACUUCAUCUUUGGCGUAUCUUACUCUCAGCAUUGGCAUGCACUGAACCUCAACCAGCACCGUGAUCACUAUUCUGGCUUGGGCUCCCUCGGUUCAUAUGCAGUUUCCCAGGUCCAGGACCGAUUUGGGGCGGGCGUCUAUUUCAAUACUCAUAUUACAGUAAGUGGAACGUUGAUUAAAUAUGGCGUUGUGAAUUUGGAUACGCUGUGCCAAGACCUUACCCGAUGGGAUACCUUAUACCUUGCCGGACGCUUGCAAAAGCCUGUCAAGAUCCUCCGCGACCAUCCCAAGGUGCGAUUGGCCAAUCAGAUGAAUCUCUUGUCCGCUUUACGAGUGGCUCUGCUUCUACUUCCCGAGCGAUUUAGCGAGUUUGAACUCUACAGCACCAUCGCGGGUAUCAGUUACAUGGGCGACUUGCGUAUGGUGCUACCGGCAGAGGACCCAGGAAAGGUGCGCAAUAUUGUUUCCGGACAGAUGACACACUUCCGUCGUCUAUAUGCUCCUCUCAUCAACAAUAUGCCCAAUGUCUCUUUCCAGGACUCGCGCUGCAGCCAGACUAAUUGGAUCGACGACCCGGAUGCUAUCAUGGGGAUGGCGCAGGAUAUGGACCCGAUCCGCCGCGGAAACAUGGUUCGCCGUCUUCCAGAAGCGUUCCGCGAAAAGCUGUACUUCCAAUACCAGGGCCGCUACGCGAUCCCCCGCGCGGAGUUUAACAAGAUGAUGGCGGAAAACAAUGAAUCACAGGAGAUCGUCCGCCGACCACAGGGAGGUCCCUUUGAGCGCCGCAUUGCUAGUGAUGAGAAACUGCAAGAGGAGGUGUCAACGUCAAUCAUGAAGACGAUCCGAUGGCCAAGCACAAUUCAAACCAUCAAGGGCCCCUUGACUGCUGGUUUUGCGAAGACCUAUCAGUAUAUCAAAGAGAAGCGCGAGAAGCACAAAAAGUCCCAGUCAGUUGCCAGGGCGGCAGCUACGAAGGCUGACUCAAAGAAAGAGUAA